UAUUACGUUAUCUGUCAAAUCCGUACCGUGAUGUCUGAUGUCAAUCAAAAACAAAAAAAUUAACACAAAAAAGCGACAAUACACAGAGAAAGAAAGAAUUUUAAUAGAAUAUUUUCAAUUAAACAGUAUUAUUAAAAUAACAAAUUAUUAGUGGAUUAGUGCAGCAACACCAUCAGAGUGGCAUUUUAUGGCGAAAAUGGGGAAGAAAGUAAUGUUAUAUGAAUAUUAUAUAUUUCUAUGAAAAUGAAUUGGACUUGUGUGAACUCAGUGUGAAAUAAUCUUAAAAGUGCAGAAGUUUGAAUUUGCAGUUGAAAUCCGCAGUUUAAACCGAAAAAAAUUGAUAUCCAAAUUAAUGCAAUGGGCAAGAAACAGACAUUGCUUACGCCUGAAGAAGAAGCCCGUAACAAAAUGAUAAUGCGCGAAAGAGAUCGUGAACGAAAACGUGUCAAACGUAUGAAUCCCGAGUAUCGGCGCAUGGAACAGGAACGUGAUCGUGAUCGCAAAAAGGCACGUCGAUCGAAUGAGGCAUUUCGUCAGUUGGAAAAGUUGCGUGACAAAAUACGUAAAGAACGUAAAAAAGGUAUUAUUGUGGAUGAGGCGGCAUUGGCGCAACAAUUUAAUUUGGUACAUCCGACACCAGUGGAGCCUGAGGUUAUAAUAUCUGAUGCUUUGCCAGCCGACCCCCCGCAGCAGCAGCAACAGAACUCUCAAAAUACUAACCAAUCACAGCAACAGCAGCAACAACAACAACAGCAUCAGCAACAACAGCCACAGCAUCAUACUCCACAACAGAGACGUCGCAUACAACAUGCAACGGCCAACAGUGGGAAUCCUGGCAAUGUUGUGAAUAUGUGUAUAGGUACAACCAGCAGUCCCACAACAACAACCCUAACGAAUGUCAUAAACAACAAUAACAAUAAUAUGAUUAAUUUAGCAGCGGCGGCAGGUGGUGCCAACAUGACAACCUCAAAUCCCACUGCCGCCCAUAUGUCCCAGCUAAACAAGGGUCUCUUGUAUCCAGCGCCAAACUUUCCUCAUCAUCCCUUGCCCAUUCCCGGUGUAGCUUUAAUGCCUUCAUUGUGCCAUCCAAUAUUACAUCAAAAUCUAAGUGCUUCUCUAUAUCCACAAAAUGGUAUUAAACAAGAAUAUGAUAGUUCAGUCUCACCCAACCACCACACAAGUAAUGCCCACAACAAUAACAACAACAAUGGCCAGCAGCCGGGUUCCAUAGGAGCAGGCGGCGGUGGCGGCAAUAACAACGAUGAGCAUGAAAUGCCCAUGAUCGAACCAGAAAUUAUAUUACAGACUUCAUCGGAUGUUAUUUCAGCACCGCAUCAUUUCAACAAUCAUGCCCAUGCCCAUCAUUUGCAUCAACAGAAUAUGAAUAUGUUUUCGCACAUGAGUCCACAGGCCCAUAUGGCAGCGGUGCAUAUGCGUGCCCAUGCCUCGGCAGCUGCGGCUUCGGGAAAUAUACCACCGCCAUCGGCUAGUGCAUUGGCCGCAGUUGCAGCUGUAGCUGCCCACCAUCAGCAGCAGCAACAACAGCAGCAGCAACAACAACAACAGCAACAAUCUCAGCAACAUCCUGCAUCACAUGGGAAUCCUAUGCCACCACAGCAACAACAACACCAGGCACAAUAAAUCCAUUGAGGUUCCAGACAAUAGACAUAUGGUCCACUCACCUCCCUUCCCCAAUAAACACACACACACUACUAUUAAGAAGAACAUACACACCCAUCAAGAAGGAAGCCAACAUUUACAAUUUACAUAUAUUUAAGUAAAAAAAAGUUUUACACGCAUCUAAAAAAAAAAAAAAAAAUGAAAAUUUCCAAGGAUCUGUGUGUGCGUAUUGUUGAAUGCAUGUUGUGGAAGUUUUUAUUUCUAUUAUUUUUAAAGAACAAUGUAUGCCAAUAAGUUUUUAGAUUUUUAAUAUGUUUUUUACCAUAGAAAUGUUCGAAAGAAAUAAUGAUGAUGAUGAUCAUAAAUUGUAAAAACAAA